AUGCCUAUUGCAGAGCUUUUAGGAGUCCAGUCUGACAUGCAGCUGCUGCUGAAGCUGAGUUUCUCUGUGGCCGCGGUGUUGCUGGUUUCGUUGGCCUACCGAUUUUACAACUCCAGGAAUGUGAGGGGGAUUCAGCCAUGUGGCAAAAACAAGGAUCCACAGAAGGCCACCUGCCAAAACUGUAAGACGACACUACGGCAUCAGACUUCACCAGAAAUUGGCAAGGAUUAUGAAGGCAAGCAACCCGUGCAUCUGGGUGAAGGCUCAGCUACCGGUGACCAGUUACAUGACAGCAUCAAGGAAAUACAAGCAGAAGCUCCCCCAAACCUUGUUGAGAAGAGUGAGGGGGAAUGUAGCGAUCAAGAUAAAUGCUUGGAAGUGGAGAUACUCUCUCACUGGAAUAACCCCCUGGAUUCCCCAGAGAACAUUUCAUUGGAAAACGUUUUGAGCCCUCAAGAUCCAACAAAGUAUGGGACGACUACAACGACAGGCCGCCGUUCCCCUUGCAUUUUGAAGAAGCUGGAUGGAUGUGUGGGUGUGGGCAGGGAGCUAAGGCAGGACUUGGAGCAUCAGGGGGUCUACUCCAGCUUCCUCUCCAAGGCAGAAAUCAAGAUGGAAGCCCUUGGGGUCAUGUCAGACAACUAUCUGCAGGUGCUAAGAGAUCCCAACCUUUAUGGACGUUUAAUGGCUGGUGAGAGGGAGAAAAUCCAGAAGCAGAGGAUGAGGGGGAGAAAGUUUGUCGUUGUUGCAGAUAUGGAUCCUCAAGACUGGUUGAGGAGCGCACAGACACAAAGACCAACAGAACACAGGGGAACAUCGAGUGCCAUGUAUUACUAUGAUGACUACAAAGAUGCUUGGCAUACUCUCUGCAUGAUCCCACAGGAGGUCAUCUCUAAAGCCUGCGCCGUGUGCACCAUGGACAACUACUUAUUUGUGGCUGUGGGCUGCCAAGGCACAGACAGAGAAAUGAAACCCUCAAAGCAGGUGUUUUGCUACAACCCUUUGACAUCCAUUUGGAAAGAGAUAUGUCCCAUGAAUGAAGCCAGGCCCCGCUGCAAACUGGCAGCACUUGAAGGCUACAUCUAUGCCAUUGGAGGGGAGUGCCUAUCAUCGGUCGAGCGCUAUGACCCACGCCUGGACAGAUGGACAUUUGUGGCUCCAUUGCCCAAUGACACGUUUGCAGUGGCGCAUCACGUUACUGUGUGCUGUGGUGAGCUUUUUGUGUGUGGUGGUACUCUAAGGUGUAUGCUAGUGCGUUAUAACCCCAAAACCAACUCCUGGAGGCCAAGCCUCAUAGUGGGCAGCAAUGACAGAACUGCAGAUAUGGUAGCUGUGGGGAGAUUUCUCUAUCGAUUCGAUGUUAACCCCCUCUUUGGUGUAAGCGUGUACCGUUACCAUACGGUGGCACGGCUAUGGUACGAGUGCAGCUCCAAACGACUUCUGCGCUGCCCUACUUUCCAGUGUGUCACAAUGGACGGAGCAAUCUACUGCAUCAGCCGACAGUUCACCAUAAGGUUCGAAGCCGACGAGAUCUCUCCGUCUUUCUCAGAUGAGGAUUUGAGUGUCCUCUCUGCCGCCAAGGGCAUACUUUUCCCCUUUGUCCUCUCACUACCUGAUAAGAAGCCACUGCAGACAAGUGUGUAA